CCUGACACAAGGCCCCUUACAAAGGCUCUGAUUGCCCAGAGGGUGGGUGUUUGCCAUUUGCUUUAAAACAUGCCUUUGUGGGUUUUUGUGUUUUCUCAACGGAUCUCAAGAAGGGUGCUGUCAGAUAUCUGACAGCUGAUCUCCCUUCCUGGCAAGCUGGCUCCUUGAGUCCCUACUGCAGCAGGGACUGUCUGGCUUGAUCUUAAGUCUAAAGAAAACCUGACUUUUAAAGGGUUAAACCCCAAGCCCUGCAUGUGUGACUAGUUUAGCUGGAAUCUCAUUUUAAGCUCCUCUGUGCAGCUGUGUUUGUUUGUUUGGGGGGAAGGGGCUAAUCAGGUUAUCACUAAACUUUUUGGCCAUCUGGCUGUUCUCUGCACAAAUGUCUUUCUGUUGAGCCUUUCUGGACUGAUCAUGUGAGACUCUGUAACGUACAGAAACUUCAGCCGAGACCAGGUGCUCCCGUACAUCACGACGAUCUUCGGUGGCUUGACCCAUGGAAAGAUGGUUCUGGUGCAGGGCAUGGUCCUUGCAGAGGCCGAAAGGUUCCAGGUGGAUUUCCAGUGUGGCUGCAGUCUCAUGCCCCGGCCAGACAUUGCCAUCCACUUCAACCCCCGCUUCCACUCCCGGCCCCACGUAAUCUGCAACACCCUGCAGAACGGGCGCUGGCUGGAGGAGACCAAGUUCCCCCACCUCCCCCUCAAGAGGGGAGAGGCCUUCCAGCUGCUCUUCCUCUUUGGGCAGGAUGAGGUACAGGUGAGCGUGAAUGGGCAGCAUUUCCUCCAGUAUCGCUCCCGCCUGCCCCUGGCCCGAGUGGACACCGUGGGCAUGUUUGGUGACAUCAUGGUGAAGAGCAUGGCCUUCCUACGCAGCAAUCCCUUUGACGCCAGCCGAACUGAGUACCCUGUUGCUCAUCCAAUGCAGCUAAACAGCUCCAAGCUGGCUGUGCCAUACUGCCACCCACUCCCCUGUGGCCUUGCAUCAAGAGACACCAUUACAGUGAGAGGACUGGUUUGCCCAGUGCCAGAGGAAUUCAGCCUCAGCCUGAGGGAAGACCCGUCCCAUGUGCCCCUAAGACUCAGCGCCUGCUUCAGAACCAGAGCCCUGAUGUGGAGCUCCUUCCCAGAUGAGGCCCUGAGCCAUGCGGAGAAAGUGGCAGCCUGCUUCCCCUUUCAUCCCCAGCGCUUCUUUGAGCUGCUGCUUGUCUGUGAGGAGGGGAGUUUCAAACUGGCACUCAACGGGAUCCCCCUGGGCCAGUAUGACACGCCUUCGCUCUCCUGGGACCGGAUCACAGAGCUGUGGAUAGAGGGUGACGUCACACUCUACAGUGUCCUCUCCUGACCCCUUCACUGCCAGGAGUCUUGUGGGCUCUGCUCAGACUGCAUGGACUGGACUGGGCCCUGUGUGUUUGAAGGAACUAUUGCAUGGGUGGUGGGGCUGUCCCAGUGACAUAAUCCAGUCUCCCUUCCGGCUGAUUCUCCACUCACCUGAACCCCCAUGGACUGGGCUGGCUAGAAGAUAGGCCCAUUCCUUAGCAUUCAUUCCAUUCUUUGCACAGGGUGGCAGAAGCAGGUAAGCGAGGGGCAGUCCUAGAGGCAUCCUCUAGUGCCCUCCUGGGUGGCAUAAAAUGCGGACAGGACUCUUCCUUGCAUGGAGAGACAGGUUCCAGCACUGGACAUGCACCGCAUGGUUCUAGUGGGACAACCUGGUUCUCUCCAGCUGCCAUAUGGCUUGCUCUAAAGGGCUUGGUUAUGUUCCUGGGCACCAGCUCUUCCUUGGCAUGUAUAUUUGCUCUCCAUCAAGGUUAGUUUGUUUGCUAUUUUAAUUGUAAUAAAGUCCCUUUUCUGCAA